AUGAAAUAUAGAAAGCAAGGGAAUUCAAAGAUCCGUGGAGGAUUAUAUACAUUGAUUAGAAUGGAGCAACAAAAUGCUACUGUUUUCCAAUUCGAGGUAUAUUUGCUCGGAGCACCUACAAGCCACAAUAAAAAUUCUACGAAGAUUUAUAGGACAAGCUUCUAUAACACAACGAUGUCGAUACCUCCUCAUCCGACAGUCGUCAGAAACCAGCAGCCAAAAAAUGUAAAUGUGGCCCCACCCCCACCUGCAAUUGUGCCAGCUGGCACAUCACAAGAGAAACCAGUUGUUGUUGAUCCUCUUGGUGAAGCAAGGAGUAAAGUGCAAGAAGAGAUUGGUAAGGAGUUUGCUGCAAUGAUGUCUAGUGGGACCCUUUGUGCAAGUGAGGCUGUUGCACUUGCAACCAAAAAAGAGAUGCAGAAAUAUGGGCACAUAAAUGCUGCACAAAGCUGA